GCCGAGUGUGUGAAAUACAACGUGCGCACCAACAUCCGUUACCACCUUGCCACCAGCACAGUGUCCACAGAGCUGUACAAUCUGGCCAACACACCGACGCCCUCCUACGUCAACUUCACCGUGCCCUUGCCUCUGGACGCCCAGAUCUCCAGUCUGUCUGUACAAUGUGACGGUGUGCUGUAUGAGACGACUGUGGUGCUGGAGACCAACGAGCCAGGCCCGCCACAGCUGGAUUUUGACAUCCACGACCAAGUGGUCACUUCGUCCACUACUUUAACCCCGAGGUCAAACACGAGCUGCCCACAGACAUCCUGGUGGUGGCCGAGACAAGGUUCGCACCCCACGACCCUCCAUUUCUGGACAUUAUACAGCGGGGACUGAAGCAGGUCCUUAGGCAGAUGGAUAAGGAUAUACAAGGGAUGGACAGAGACUUCCCCGAGGGCGCCUGCACUGUGGCGUGUGAGAAACAUUCAAGUCUUGGACUGGCCCAGACACCGUCAGAAGUCUGUGACCUGUGCUGUGAGACCAACAACACGGAGACCAUCCUGGAGCGGAAACUGGAGACGACCAACGACUGCCAGGUGUGCUGUCCCCUGAAACAUCCCAACAGGUUCGACAUCCAGCAGCUGGGAGACAAGGACAAUCACCGACAUUCCUUUGAGUACAUGGACCCCAUAACGACAUACAACAUUGACGAGGCCAUCCGAUUUGUCAACUCUCUGGAGGGGGCCGGGUAUCCGGGACUUUUACCGCGAGCACGCGCACAUCCUGCUGAGUCACGUGCACUUCAACUACUCCCAAGCCGAGGUGGACGACUUCUCACUCACCUCCACCUUCUUCCGGAACUUUUUCAAAGGCUCUGACGUCAUCCUAGCAGGUAAACUCAUAGACAACAGCAUCCAGACGGUGGAAGCGUUCAUGGAAUCCAAAGGUGUGAAGAUGGUCAAGCGGCGAAUGACCACUUCCUGGGUCACGGCAGAGGCGCAACCUCUGACCUUUGAACUGCCCGUGGAGUCCAGAGAUGUGACGGAGAAAAUCUGGGCGCUACAGAGGUUACACUUCUGCUGGGACGGCAUGGCAGAGCUGGGCACACCUUUCCCUGGACGGGAAGAUCCCACAGAUGUUGAGAUUGAGUAUCUGGAGGAGGCGGAGGAUAUUUCUGUGAAGUACGGUCUGCUGACGCCACUGACAACCCUGGAGUUCAAGGUCGCUCAAUGAUUUGACCCCGGCACAAACAGAACGAGGUCCCCCCGCCCCCCCCCCCCCCCCCCCACCAAACCAGUCUGGCUAUCAUCAGCUGACCCGACUGACCAUCAAGGAAAACACAGCCCGAUGACGUCAGAUCUCCAAGCAAUCUGACCACGCCCCCUGACAUCAGCACAGUGACCCGGAAGUCGUGGCUGGGGAGAGAGGUCACCAUAAGGACUUGAACAAUUUCUGGGAGUUUCUGAUGAGAAUAUUUUUGUGAUGAACUUCUAUACAGUUUGUUGUAUCUACGAAGACAGUCUGAUUCUGAUAGACUUGAGUACUUGAGUUGCUUUGUUUUAUUUGUAAUAAACGGCGUUGACCAGUUACCCUA